AUUUUUUCUUGAAAGGCACAAUACUUGUCCGCAACUUUGCCAAAGACACCAUCUCGAUCAAACAAAUCGUUCGCGAGAUAUAUGUUCUCCUAUUGACGCGGUUCAUUUUUGCAUAAUCCCUUUUCAAAUGUUAGCCGUGUACAAAACUAGGGAACCAAAUAUGUAAAAUGACAUGUUGGACAAUAAAAAACAACUGUGUAAAAUAACAAGUAAUUCUAAAAACAUCGAUCCGAAACGAUUUGCGAAUUUGUGUGGAACUACUCAAGGGCAAAAACUGACACAUUCACCCUGGUUAGACAAUUUAAUUUCGUUUAUUCCCCCUUUGAAAUGACGAGCACGAUAACGUUUGUUUUCUUUUUCAACUUGUUUACGGUUUUACAACGAUCAUGAACAAAACUAGAGAUAACAAAAUCGAUUCGAUUUAUUUUCACUGUUAUUAGUCCUACAAGAACCUUCGGUCGGCAUUAGUGUAGCAUCAAAUCUCUGGAAAAAUGUUUAGACACCAAAUUAUGGAUUCCGAUCUGGCUCGCGGUUUGAUCACCGAAUUACAUGACUGUCAGAUUGAGAUCAGUCUCAUCGAUACUUCGGAUUUUCCCGUAGUUAGCGAGCUUGAUCUCAAGUCUAACCGUUGUGUAAUGACCUACAAGUAUUUGCAAUUCGCCGAACGGAUACGCAACCUCACCGUGUACGAAGAUGAUGUAUGGAUUGUCACUUUUCCAAAGUGUGGUACAACGUGGACACAGGAAAUGGUGUGGCUGAUUGACCAUAAUCUUGACUACGAAGCUGCUGGUGAGGUUGAUCUGAUACAUCGAUCCGUGUUUCUAGAAGCGUCAGCAGUGAUCAAGAAUCACCCUGAAGAUACAGUAGAGGUGGUAGAAAAUCAUGAACGGCCUCGCCAUAUCAAGUCACACCUGCCACUAGCAAUGCUUCCCAAGCAGCUGUGGAGUGUUAGACCGAAAAUUGUCUACUGUGCUAGGAAUCCGAACGACGUUGCCGUUUCCUAUAUGCAUCACUACCGCCAUCUACAUGGGUACACAGGAACGAAUGAGAUGUUCCUAGAAGGAUUGCUAGCCGACCAGGUUCUUUGGUGUCCACAGGUACAACACACACUCGAUUUUUGGAACAUUCGACAUUUGGAUAAUUUAUUGUUUAACCACUUCGAGGAGAUGAAGAAGGACAUGAUGAGUGUUCUUAAACGGACUAGCAAGUUUUUUGGUAAAACUUAUACCGAUUCACAAUUGACAAAACUGGCCGAACAUUUGUCGUUUGAUACGAUGAAAAAAAAUCCUACCGCCAACCACACAACGUUACUUAAAACAUUAGAGGAAAUACGCAACAAGAAAAUUGAAUUCCAGUUUAUGAGAAAGGGCCAAGUUGGUAGCCACAAAGAAGAACUAACCCCAGAAUACACACAACGAUUACGAGAGCACGUUCAUGAGCAACUGGCAGGCACUGGAUUUAGGUAUAUAGAAUAAUACGAUUUUUUCAUUGUUUAUGUUAAAUUGCAAUUAAAGGUUAUAUAAUGCGUAAAAUAUUUCCAACAUUUAUAUAUGGGGAGACACAGUAAUCAGCAAAUAAAUUCAAAAA